CAGGUUGGUCCUGGAGCAGAUGAGCGCAGAAUAUUUAGGCGAAAGCGCGAGGAGGGAGGGGAGCGCGGGGCAGGAGGAGUAUCUCGGCCCAGAAAAUUAUGCAUGCGUUAGGGAAGCUCUGAGAGAAUGGCUGUGGAAGCUCUCCACUGCGGUUUGAAUCCACGGGGUAUUGAUCACCCUGCCUGUGCUGAAGGUAUUAAACUGCAAAUUGAAGGUGAAGGUGUUGAUUCUCACUCUAUUAAAAACAAAAAUUACCAGAAGGUGCUUGACCAAAAAGGAACCCCCAAGCGACUGCAGGCAGAAGCCGAGACGGCUAAGUCGGCUACGGUGAAGCUGUCAAAACCAGUGGCUCUGUGGACUCAGCAGGAUGUCUGCAAGUGGCUGAAGAAACAUUGUCCGAAUCAGUAUCAGAUCUACAGUGAGUCAUUCAAACAGCAUGACAUAACGGGGCGAGCCCUGCUGAGACUUACAGACAAAAAGCUUGAGCGAAUGGGGAUUGCCCAGGAGAACCUCCGGCAGCACAUCUUACAACAGGUGCUCCAGCUGAAGGUGCGAGAAGAAGUCAGAAACCUACAGUUACUCACACAAGCCUCAACUGAGGGUUCUCCAUAAACGCGGUUAGCCUUCCAAGCUGCUGUCCUGCCAGUCGAUAUGAACAUGGCCUGUUCCUCACAGAAAGACUAACUCAUGGCACUGCCAGAAGAUAUCCUUGGAGCAUUGACAGAUUAACCAGAUUAACUGAAAAACCACCCAUUCAGUCAAGAUCGUGGGCUUUGGAACAUCUUAGUUUGCUAUGGAUUUUUAAAUGAGGUGCAUAAUAUACAGUGCCAGCUUGCUCCAAGUGGUCGUUGGCAGACCAUUAGCUGGAAAACUGCUUCCAGUUUUCAUCACUGUGCAUAACUCAAGCUCCCUCUGGGGAGCUGUCUGUGCCCUUCACUAGAAGUCCCGUUUUAGCAUGGCAACUACUGGAUUAUUUUAUUAUGUGUGCAGACAGCAUGAUGCGUUAGAAAAAAAAUUACAGCAGUUCUGCAAUCUCAGUGGAAGUGUUCACAAUAUUAUGCCCGGGUAGGAAUGUAAACAUGUCUCGGUUGUGUUAGUUAUGACAUCUAAAGGUAUUCUGUCCAACUCUUAAGCACUUUACAUGAGAACCCCCUAUACCGAAACGAAUCAGCACGUUCAGUACAUGUGAGAAAACAAGUCUUUUCUUCUUUCUUAUAAAUCUUGUCCUAUUUCUGGCUCAGACUGUCCAAGACGAGGCUCCGCUCCUAGCAUAUACUCUGUCGUUCGUGGUAGAUUGGUAAAUAUGGCCACAGUACUGUUAGACUUAACCUCUUGACACUUUAGUGAACAACUGGAUUUCUUACAGCAGCAAAGGGAAGUAAAGAUGGGCCUGGGGAAUGGUGGUCAUUUAGCUCUAGUUUCCUCUUACCUGGGCACAACUUACCACGAGCACAUACACUCAAACACAGGAGGCUUCUAUUUGGCCAAUGUAUGUAAUCUCUCAUUCUAUAGAACAGUUCUUUCCAAAACACCAGAAUGGGGGUGUGGCCAUAUUUUAAUCUUAGCAUAGGUGCAUUGAUGGUAAAGACAGCAGAAUGCAGUUUCCCAGGGUACGGACUGCCUUUAACACUUUGGAAACCUCUCUAGGUCAAGUUCUGAUCACAAUUCUUUGAAGAGAAAAAAACAGCAAGUGACCCCCUGCAUGUCUAGAGAAGCGAGAGUUUCCAACCCCGCACUAGGUUUCUUCCUCAGAAGAGAACCUACUAGUCCUUUUUAAUCCUUUCUGGGAUUAUACCCAUAACUAAUUUUUUUGUACUAUGUUUUACAGCAAAGCACAGUCCUGGGAAACCAGUCAACCCAGUUAUUGCUUGUCUUUAGGAAUUAGAGAAAUGUCCAUAUUGAUUGACCCUACAUCAUGCUUUAGCAUUAUUUUUUGCCUGGAAAUGUAAAGUUGACUGAAUCAGAAACUCAGCCAGGUAUGUUCUGUGUGCCCACAGUCCCAGCCUGAGACCAGCAGACAUCGGAGACUUUUCUUUAAAUACAUGUAACAACCCUGGGAGCCUGCCAGUCCAAGCAAGCUUGGCAUUUUAGAGGGCCACCAGACACACACUCAUUGUCCGUUCUCCCCACAUCUUGCCUCCCCUGGGGGUAUCAGGAAAUGCACAGCCCAUUAGAAAACUACCCCACCUGAGAUUUGGAAACUUGACAGGGAAGGAAAGAGUGAUCCCAAUGUGAUUCGGGUGCAUCACCCAGCAGGAUGACUCACCACAAGCCUGUGGGCUGUAGUGCCAAAGAAGGGGGCUUCCAAGAGGGAACUCAGAGAAGCUCCAGUCGCCACCAAAUCUGGCUCUCUGAUGGGUCGGCAUAGGCACCAUCAGGCCCCCAGCAGACCGUAAUUCUUUACAAAUCCAGAAUUAGGAAGUCAAACCCUGGCUGCCUACACCCCUGGACACCUCAGUCUCCACUGCCCAUCUCCUGAGGUUCAAUUCCAAUUCCAGAGCUCCCUCCAAUCUUUCAUUUCUUCCCUUCUUUAUUCAGCAAGUGUUUAUUGAGCAUCUGCUAUGUGCCAAGCAUUGAGCUGGGGCAACAACAGUGUACAAGGUAGACUCUCCCUGCCCUUAUGAUAUCUCCUCCUCCCAAACACUUUCCCCACCCCACCUUUUCCACAAUGAAAACUGAAUUCAGACAGCAUUCAUCCCCUGCCAGAGCAACGUGGAGAAAUGGACAUGCACAGUUCCCUUGCCUGAGGAAGUGGACAGCAGAGAAAGAGGUAGUGGACAGCGUCAGGCCAUGUAUUUGCGCCCAUCAUGUACAGCCAACCCUCCCAGCACCCAGAUUUAGCUGGUAGGAGCUACCCAAAGCAACUUACAAUUGCUUGAUAUCCACCCUGGUCACCUAUAUUCCCAUCCUUUAUGCAGAAACAGCAAUUCAUCAUCAUGCUGGAUUCUCUGAAGCCCCAAUUCUAUAACUAGUCCCAGGGACACAAAAUCAGGCCUGAUGAAUUCGAAAGAACUACUGCCAGGUGCUGAGAUAUUAUCUGGGAAUGAGUUCGUUUAGCCAGGGACAUUCUGAGAACAACUGUUAACACCCUUGGAAAACUGGACAUGCUUUGUGGUGCAGACAGAUGUUCAUGAAAUGGUGGUGGUUCAUCCUUACUGACUUUGGCUUUUGCAAAAUAUGUUACAAACCAUUAAA